CGGAUCGGAACGAGACGGAAUCGCGUCCAUUGCGGUGCGUGCCUUUUGUUCUUUUCGAGGCUUUUAUCCUGGUGUUUUACAAAGGAACCCAUACGUGGAUGCCCAUACGUUUUUCAACCAGUGAAACCAAAGUCGAAUAGUUUUUAAACAAUUUCUGAGCUGUUCUCGAGGAUCCAAGGAAGAUGAUGCGAUGGCAGAUGUUACGAGGUGGAUAAUGCGUGUUCUCGUGACAGUUCUGGCAUGCGUGUUGUUCCUGUUUCCUGACCGCGGUAUCGCUGAAGAAGACGGCGAAGAGUACAGGGGCAAGUACUUGGGGAAGCUGAACGCGUAUCAUCAUCAAGUCUCCGGUGACGUGUAUGUGGUUGACGAAUACACGUUGUUGCUGACGUCUUUUAGCUACGAUGGUAACGGAGCCGACACCUUCUUCUGGGCUGGCGCGUCGAACAGACCUGGUCCACAGGGGUUCAUCGUGCCGGACGAGUGGGGCAAAACGAAUGUUCUCGAUCGGUAUUUCAACAAGGACUUUACUCUUUCUUUACCGGACAAUAAAAAGAUAACGGAUAUCAAAUGGUUCGCCGUUUACGAUCUGGGAAGUCAGAAUACGUUCGGUGACGUAUACAUUCCCGAGGAGUUCGAUCCACCCGCGCCCCAGAAGAUUUCCCAAUUAACGAAACGAUCGCACGGAGUAUUCUCCGAGUCUAUCGUGAUCGUGGACUCGAAAACCAUAAAAAUACCAGAAUUCACGUACGACGGUCAGGGCGCGGAUACGUAUUUCUGGGUAGGACUUGGCCCGCAGCCUUCCAGCAAAGGAAUCAAAGUUCCCGACGAGUAUGGCUAUUUAGAUCCAAUUCGCGCAUACAAAGGAGAAGAUAUAAUCAUUCAACUACCAGGAGACAUGACAGUUUUCAACAUCGACUGGUUGAGCGUGUUCGACGUGAAGAGUAAAUCGAACUACGGUUCCGUUAUCAUUCCGGACGGACUAAACGUGCCACCGUCGCUUGUUAAAGUGAUCAAGCACGCGCAGACUUUGCCGAAUUGCAUUCAGCUCCAUAGACGGUAUCAAGUCAGUUGGGAGAUCUUUGGUCCUCAAAUCACCGUUCAGCUUGCUGGUCAAGUCGGCGAAAAUGAGUACAUGUCGUUCGGUUUGUCCGGUUCCGAAACAUCCAGUCAGAUGGAAGGUGCGGACGUUGCGAUCGCUUAUAUGGACGGAACCAGAGGAUACGCGCGAGAUUACAACGUUACUGCGAAAGCACCGUGCGGAAAGGUUCUCGGCCAAUACAGAGGAGUUUGUAGAGACGAGUUGUUAGGUGGCCUGGACAACAAUCAAUUGUUUACCGCUGUGAGAGAAGAUGGCAUCAACGUUAUCACCUACAGACGUACUCUUAAUUCGUCCGAUCCAGGAGACAAGGAGUAUCCCACGGAUCGGCCAGUUUUCGUGGUGUGGGCUUUAGGAAGAUUGGACGAGAACAAGGAACCGACUUUUCACGACUUCUAUCCCAAGAGCGAUUUAAAGAUAGAACUGCUUCGCCAAGAACCAGAGAAUACGUGUAUGGACUUUACGGAGACUAACGAGGAACUGAUAGAAACUUGGGAGAAGGCGGAAAUAUUCGAUAGAAGUAUUCGGACGUUCAAAGCUACGAUCGGGCCGUCUGGCGGAAGAAAGGGUUAUCAAGGAAUCACGGGACAAACCUCCACGGGUUUGGCAUGGUAUAUCGAAGGUCAGCUCGUGCCAGAAUUGUAUCUCCGUCGAGGAUUGACUUACAAUUUCCGUAUUUACGGUGGGAACAAUCCUCACAGUCCGAAUUUAUAUCACCCAUUGAUUAUAACCGAUGAACCGCACGGCGGAUACGAUAGGCUCACCGACGCGGCAAAGAGCAAAGUUAGGGUAUUGGCCGGAGUCGAGUUCACCAGACGAGGUCAACCGAGACCGACUGCAGUUGGUCCGCUUUGCUUGAGUAAACACAACGAACGAGACAGAAGACUGGACGACGACUUUCCAACGUUUAAACAAUUCAACAGAACGCUGGUCAAUGUGUGCGAACCGGGAGAAGCUGGUAUCUUGGAAGUUACGCCGAAUUCGACGUGGCCGGACAUUGUUUAUUACAAUUCGUUUACUCACGCGAAUAUGGGAUGGAAAAUAUUUGUGGUUGACGCGUACUCGAGGAAUAUUGCUGUUACGGAAAGAUUGUCGUUGCUUGCAGGAAUAACUAUUGUGUUUUUUCGUUUGUUAUAAAAUUAUAUGUAAGCUAUCGAGAGUAAUUACUCGUCUUCGCUUUGCGAAUAUAAACUGACUGAUUCUGAGAUAGAA